AAUGGCCAAAGAAUCUGAAGGAAGCAGUAAAUUUAUUUGAGAAGCCUGAAGAUGAACAUUUUGAUGCUAACGAUUUUGUUCUAGAAACAGUAGUUAUUAUUCAGAAUAAUGGGAAUGAUCUUAUCUAUAUUCUAAAUGAUAAACACAAAUUAUUAUCUUUUGAUACGGCCAAUGAACAAGGUGUCACACUUUUUCGUAUGUAUAGCCGAAAAGUUGACACAGCUAUAACAUACUCUCCAGAGACUAGUAUAAAAUUAUACCUCCUAAUAUGUAAAGCAAAACGUCUAAACAAACAUCAAGGCGGUGAUUACAAUAAACUAUGCAGAAUGCUUAAUGAUGCUGCAAAUAGCUUUAUUUUAUACUAG